AUGGUGUCGCCGUCACGUGCUACGCGGACGGCUCUGCACAAAUCCGAGGCCUUGUUCUUCCAUGGGCUUCGGAGGAAGCCACCUGAGGGAUCUAGCCUCAUAGUUGGAGGCACUCGCAUUGGCAUCGAGCCCUCGAGUAGGUAUCAGGGGCUCGUACUCGAUGGCCGAUGGGACUUCGGACAUCAUUUCCGAGGUCUCGUGCCCAAGUUGGUUGGGGCAGCACGUGCAUUGGCGCGGCUGCUGCCCAACAUGAAGGGAGCAGAUGACUCCUGCAGGAGACUCUACUCGGGGGUUGUGCGGUCGAUGGCCCUUUAUGAGGCCCCAGUAUGGGCGGCCCGCCGUCGCAGUAGUGCGAAGGCCAGCAAUGUCGCACUACUGCGACGACCGCAGCGAGUGCUGGCCAGCAGGAUCAUAAGGGGGUACCGCACGAUCUCCUUUAAGGCGGCGAGUCUCCUGGCCGGAACUCCACCGUGGGACCUGGAGGCGAAAACCCUUGCGGCUCUGUAUCAGUGGUGCAACGAGGCGCGGGAGUUGGGUCGGAGUCCUGAGACUGUUGGGUCCUCGUAG